UGUCACUUCGUGAUUUGCCUUUCAUAUCCCUGUUGUUUUGUUGAUGUUGCACAUAGAUUUGUAAGGCAAUUGCAAAAAGGAGUAUCCAAGUAUCCAGCCAUGUCCCGCGAAGAGAAGCAAUUGGAAAUGACCCUAGAUGCGGUACAAAAUCGUUUAAACGAUUUAAAAGUUUCCAUCGGAGCCAUGGUACAUAAAUUAGAAACAGAAUACGAGUUCAUCAAUUGGCCAACAUUUCUGGACAAUUUUGCCCUGAUAUCAAGUCAUCUUACUGGCCUUUCUAAAAUUUUAUCCAAAGAAAUAUGCCCCCCGCUACGUAACCGGACAGUUCUUCCCCUAAUGUUGUCCCCCGAAAGAGAUGAAGCUUUGAUCCAACUAACACAAGGUAGGGUACCAGUGUUUUCACAUGAUAUUGUGCCGGAUUAUUUGCGUACAAAACCCGAACCAAUGGCUGAACAAAAAAUGUUACAAAAUGAACAAAAAGCAGCGAAUUUGUCGGCUGAAGCAGCAGCAAAACAAGUGGCACAACACAACAAAGUAGUCUCACACAUUCUUGAUAUGGUCAGUAAAAAACGUGAGGAAUGGGAUAUCGAAUCUUCGUCUAGAGCUGGUAUACAACAAACCAGCAGCAUGGCGGACACUCAUGCCCUUGUGGCAGCCGUUGGAAUGGGUAAGGGUUUGAAAAUGGGCAUGCCUAUGUCUGUGCCUGGUGGAGGGCCCGGCAGCAUGAUGGUACCUCCGGCAAUACGUCCUCCAGCCCCAAUGAGUUCAGUCAGUCCUGGUGGCGUAAGUCAACUGGGCAAAGCACCGUCGGCUAUCAAGACAAAUAUAAAAUCAGCCAUGCAAGUCCAUCCCUUCCAAAGGUAAAUAGUGUAGCUGUUAUUUAUAAUAGUUUAGAGAGAAAAAAAAUCGUAAUUGUAAGCUUAAGAAAUUAUAAUUGCAGUUCAAUUUUAAUAAAAUAGUUAAAUAAAAUAAAAAGAAAAAAACAAUAGAAUUUACUUACAAAAGUACGUGGCGUAAGGCCUGGCCCCCAAA